GCUGAAAGAAAGAAUCAAAGAACCGGGGAAUGACACACAGCAGGAGCAAAGAGCAACACGGUAACUCUAUGACGGUUGCCAAGAACUAGGAAGACAAGAGGCCUCAUAUUCCCCUCCUUUAUUUUUCCUUUGUUUGACGGCAGUAGCGGUGUGGGAACGUACUGAUACAGGAUCUUCCUUGCAUGUGAGCGGAUGUUUCUCCUGGCCAUUCUUCUCAAGUCCAGGCAAAGAAGAGAUUCCCACCCAUAAAAGAGGAAACAAAAAAUAGUUAUAUACUUGGGCAGGUGAAAGCAUGGUUUGCAUGAUAUGCACUGAAAACAGUGACCAUCAUUUUUUUGGACCACUUGUCAGUCUGAAUUUGAAAGAUGGAUGCCAAUGGAUCGAUGGCGGAAUUCGAUGCUCCAACGAAUCCAAUGGUUUCUCCACUUCUUACUGAUCUCUAUCAAUUCACAAUGGCUUAUGCAUACUGGAAAGCUGGCAAGCACCUUGAACGAGCUGUGUUUGACUUGUUUUUCCGAAAGAAUCCUUUUGGUGGUGAAUAUACUAUCUUUGCUGGCUUGGAAGAAUGUAUUCGAUUUAUUGCUAAUUUUAAGCUUAAGGAGGAAGAAAUUGAUUUCAUUCGCGCUGUCUUGCCUUCCACAUGUGAGGUUGGGUUUUUUGAUUACCUUAGAGGAAUAGACUGCUCAGAUGUGGAAGUGUACGCAAUUUUGGAGGGCUCUGCUGUUUUCCCCAAGAUUCCUCUAAUGAGAGUUGAAGGACCAAUUGCUGUUGUCCAACUCCUAGAGACACCCUUUCUGAAUCUAAUAAAUUAUGCAUCACUGGUUUCUACAAAUGCUGCAAGGCAUCGUGUUGUUGCAGGGAAAUCCAAGAGUCUGCUCGAGUUUGGACUUCGACGAGCCCAGGGACCUGAUGGUGGAAUAAGUGCAUCGAAAUACUGUUACAUUGGCGGAUUUGAUGCAACUAGCAAUGUUGCUGCUGGAAGAAAAUUUGGAAUACCACUUCGAGGAACACAUUCCCAUGCUUUUGUCAGCUCGUACACGGGCCCAGAUGAAAUCAUAGAGAAAGCACUUCCAAGGUUUGAUGGUUCUUAUGUCUGUGAGGAUUUUGUCAGUCUUGUAGAGGCUUGGCUCAGUAAACUUCAGACAGCUGGUUCAUUAUGCGGUGUUUUUAGCGAGACCAACCUGAGUGAGUUGACUGCUUUUACAUCAUAUGCACUGGCAUUUCCAAGCAGCUUUCUUGCCCUUGUGGACACCUAUGAUGUGAUGAAGAGUGGGAUACCCAACUUUUGUGCAGUUGCGUUAGCCCUCAAUGAUUUAGGGUAUAAAGCAAAAGGUAUUAGGUUGGACUCUGGUGAUCUAGCCUAUCUGUCUAUUGAGGCUCGUAAGUUCUUCCGUGCUAUUGAAAAAGAAUUUGGAGUUUGUGGUUUUGGAGACAUGACAAUUACUGCAAGUAAUGACAUUAACGAGGAAACGUUGGAUGCCUUGAACAAGCAGGGACAUGAGGUUGAUGCCUUUGGCAUCGGCACCCACCUUGUAACAUGCUAUGCUCAAGCUGCCCUUGGUGGUGUCUUCAAAUUGGUGCAGAUAAAUAACCAACCUCGUAUUAAACUUUCUGAAGAUAUCUCCAAGGUUUCAAUACCAUGUAAAAAGAAAUGCUACCGACUGUAUGGUAAGGAAGGUUAUCCUUUGGUAGACAUAAUGACUGGAGAAAAGGAAUCACCUCCAAAGGUUGGUGAGCGGAUUUUGUGCCGCCAUCCUUUCAAUGAGUCUAAAAGGGCAUAUGUGGUACCAAAACGUGUUGAAGAACUCUUGAAGUGCUACUGGCCAGGAAAAUCAGGUAAACAAAGGGAAGAGCUGCCUCCACUUUCAAAGAUCCGGGAGCGAUGCAUGCAGCAGUUAGAUCAAAUGCGACCAGACCACCUACGAAAGUUGAACCCAACUCCUUACAAGGUGAGUGUCAGUGCAGAGCUGUAUGGUUUCAUUCAUUUCUUGUGGCUCAAUGAAGCACCUGUAGGCGAGCUGCAAUAAGGAUCUUCAUGUUAGGAGCAACCUUUUAUCCAUCACCAAAAACCUGAGAGGUUGCAUUGCUUUGUUUCUAGUUUAUGCUUUCCUUUUGAAACCUGAUUGCUCCUUUGUCGCCAAACCAUUUUAAUGUGCAGAACAUGAAAAAAAUAGUUCUUAAUUGGACUCUGUCGUUAAUUAACGAUUAAUUGCAUCCACUUGUAACUGCUCUCCGGAGAGCUACAACAAUACAGUUAAUAAUUAGUCGUCCUUCCUAAGGUA